UCGAAGCAUCCGCCAACCAAGUGUUUUCAUCCAUCAGACAUUUUUGCAGUGACUUUAGUCGCGUUCUAUUUUCCUCACAACGGAUCGAUAAAAAAUUGAAAAAGCAAACAUUAACCAGUGAAUUUCUACAAAAAAGUGAAAAUUAUCCGGAACGAUGGUCAUUGCGUGUGCGGUGGUAACAUGUCGGAACCACAACAAAAACUGCGAUCUGAGCUUCUUCACGUUUCCGCAACUUGGUAACAUUGGCAGCAGGGAGCAGGAGAAGCUCAUAGCGAUGCGAUUGGCUAUGUGGCGGAAGGCAUCCGGCUACAAGAAACAGAUGAACCGGAGCGUGCGGAUUUGCGGUCGACACUUUGUCGGCGGCCGACCAGCCAAACUCAACGAACCGGGCAGCAUCGAUUGGGUGCCGUCGCUCCACUUGCCGGAGCAGCCGCCCUCCAAGAUGCACGGUGCCGAUGCGGAAGUGCUUGCCGCCGAGAAGGAGCAAGCGGAGGAGAUUUUAAGACAGAAUACGAUUUGCAGCAUCAGAUUUUGCGCUAGUAACAAGGCGCCCAGCUGGAAGACUAAAAUCUACGCUUUUCCAAAACUGGACACCACAAAUUACGUGCUUCGCGUGCUGUCCGAAAAACGGCUUCUGCUCUGGUGCCAAAUGUUGGAUCGGUCGACCCAAUGGGAUAAGGUUGAUCUCUGUAAACUGCAGCUGUGCAGUCUGCAUUUCACCUCCGGAGCCAUGGCGGAGUUGACCGAUGUGGAAAAUGUCGAUUGGAUUCCAACGGUGAACAUGAACAAGCAAAUUCGUUUCACGGAUCACGUUGCUUAUUUCAAUCUGUACAAUUUGAUCUCCCUGGUCAAGGAUUCGAGCGCUACCGGAAAGUGCGUAACAAUCGACACAUACAGCAAGCCCCAGCAAAAUGCAGGAUCAGUAGCAAACACUAUUAAUUUGACAGGUUCUACACCAACGAAUGCAUCAGCUUCCAUCGCACCGAAGAUGUCCGUGGGGCUAAAAUGCAUCCUUUGUCUGGCGUCCACUGCGUUGAAACCGAUAAACAAGGAUCAGGGGAAAGCCAUCGAACAGCUCUUCAAAGAUGAACUUCAAGUUGAUAGCGAGUUAAUCUGUGCCACGUGCAGCAAGGCAGUGUUCGAUUUUUCCAUAUUUUACAACAGAGUGCUUGAGAGCCAGAAAAAGGCGACACUUGGAAAGGUGAAAUCCAUCAUAAAAAUUGACCCGGUUAAAUCGUUGAAACGAGUUGCUCCAGCAGCAAGUAUCCCGCAAGCAUCGCCGGCACCGGAAGAAAAGAAAGCAAAGUUGUUCAAUGUACUGGUUUCGAACGAGUUUCAAUGCAAAAUAUGCUAUGCAACGCUUGCCACAAAACCGGGACUAAACGAUCAUCUUUAUCUGGCACAUAAGGUGAAGAUCAACUGUAAACUCUGCAAGGACAGUUUUUCUCCCGACGGUUAUACAGUGCACAAAACGGGCUGUUUAGCACAAUACAAGGCGCAGCGACAAGCACAGAGAACUGCGGCGGCAGCAGCUAUUACCGUGAAACCCAAACCCGCUGCCAAACCGAAGGCACCGACAAUAACAGCACCAGAAUCUAACGAAAAGCAUUCGUGCUAUAUUUGUAAAGAAUUUUUCACGCCAAGUGAAAUGAUCGCGCAUGUGAAAACGCACGGUAUCGACACAGUGCCUAAGCAAGACGCGAUGAAAGACUACGAAGCAUGCAAGCAGUGCAACAAAGCGGUCCAGAAGCAGAACAUGAGCCGGCACAUGGAAGCGCACGAAAGCCAUCGCAACCAGAUGAGAAAGCUUAUCAAGGAGCAAGAAGAAAAACAACGCUUUCAGUGCUCAAUCUGUCUGCUGGAGUUCCGAACGAUGGCACUGAUGGAGAAGCACAAGGAUAAGCAUAAACUCGUCACCGUAGAGGAUAAAAUCGAGUGCCCGGAUUGCAACAAAGUAAUGACGGCUAAAUAUUUCAAGUAUCACGUAAUGAUGGUACAUGACAACAAAGAACAAAUCCCGUGCGACAAAUGCGGCAAACUUUUUAGCAGAUUCGGACUGAAAGCCCAUCGGGCGACAACCUGCGGAGACGAUGAAGUGUCAUCAUGUGAGCACUGCGGAAGAACGAUGAAGGCACACUUGCUGAAGAGCCACAUUAACAAAGUGCACUCGACGGUUAUGGCAAAGUGCCGUUUCUGCCCGAAGGAGUACACUAGCAAAGAUUACGCCAUGAGCCACGAGAGAUGGUCCCACCGGAAGGAAUGGGAAGAAAAGAGGCGUGAAGGUGUUAAACGAUUGGAUCUAGACCGGGGCCAGUUGGAGGAAGUGCUCGGUAUUCGAACAAAUACCAACGACGACGAAGACACGGCAACGUGUCCGGUCUGUUUUAAUGUUCAUGGAACAAAGUCGUACAUUGAGUCGCAUGUGCGAAAAUCUCAUUCCUCCGAGUACCUAUCGAUGGUGAUGAGUGGCAUCAUCGUGAGCAGCGGCGAGAACGCGGCGGAAGAUUUCGACGCUGCACAGUACAUUAGCGAGGUACUGGGUUCGAGUAAUACUGAAACGGAUGCAAUGUAAGGUAAGAUUCGUUAUUGUUUUAAGAGAAAUACAAAAUAAAUGUAUAUAGCUAAUGAAA